GCUGCAGCCUCGCUGCCGCCUGCAGCGCAGCUCCAGGACUUUCUGCACGCAGAAGCCUUUGGCACGGGAAUGGUGCUUCGAGCUGACAUGCAGCUUUCCGACAGGAUGGUUGGAAAGUGCCGAUUUUGAAGAAAUCAAAAUGUUCUGUGGGAGCAUGUUGAUUUUCAUCCGGUUUUUCUGAUGGGAAGCAGGCAGGGGCUGGGAGCCCGGCGGGCACCCGGGCGUGCAGGGAGCCGGGGCAGCGCUCUCCCCGCAGCAGCACCGGUGCCGGGGCUGGCAGGGCAUGGCGAGGGGACAUCCCAGCCCGCAUCCUCCUCAAAGGAGAGUUUGGUACAGGCUGUAAAAUAGGCAUCGCAUGGCUGCACUGCGUAGCUGGGAAAAUCGCUCUUGGUUUUGCUGCUCGCUGCGUGGGAGCGCGUGAAGCCGAGCAGCGGAUGGGAGCUGUGCAGGCUCGGCACCGCAGAUACCUGGCAUUCUUUGGCAAGUUCAGUGGUAAAUAUGAACAUUUGUCAACAUUUGACAACAGCUCCUUGGGACAUCAUGAAUUUGCUGGAAUCUAGACCACAGAGCACUUGCAAUAGCGCUUUUUAAAUUUUAAUUUAAUAUAAAUUAAAAAAUAAUCUCAUCUGGAUUAAUCGUAGUGAUGGCUAGCAAGAGAAAAUCCACGACUCCCUGCAUGAUACCAGUAAAAACUCUGGUGCUUCAGGAGACUGAGCUGGAGGCUGCAGAAGACGAUCGCGAAGGAACACAACAAGAUGCUCCCGCAGAAGGGCCGGCAGCCAGCGAUGCUGGUGCCAGCAACAGCAACAGCGGCGCCUUGUCUAAUGGGCACCGCGGCAUCGCCGAGGGCGACACUUUUGUCUGCAAGUAUUGCGACUUCGGAUCUCAAGACGCUCACCAUUUCUUUGCGCACCUGGACUCUGAGCACUUGGACUUCAGCAAAGACCCCGCGUUUGUGUGUGUUGCGUGCAACUUCCUGGCGAAGAGCCACGAAGGGCUCUCGCAGCACAACGCAGAGUCGCAUGCUGGCGAGACGAACUUCGUCUGGAGGCUGGCGAAGCAGGACAAUCGGACGGCUGUGGAGCAAAGUCUCGGCGAUGCCGCCAGCAGCCACGACCUUCCGGGAGAGGUCCCCGAGGAAGUGGUGGAUGGUCAGUCUGAAAUUAUCAUCACCAAAACCCCCAUCAUGAAGAUAAUGAAAGGCAAACCCGAGGCCAAAAAAAUCCACAUGCUGAAGGAGAAUGUGUCCAGUCAGUUGGGCGGAGAGUCGGAGACAAAAGAGGGAGAGCCUCCCUUCACGAACGGGCCUGUGCCGGUCAGCCAGCCCACCACGAGUUCGACAAAAUCGUCUCAUGUAGUGAACGGCUCCAUCCUCGGAAACGUGCCCGUUCUGCCAGCGGGUGUUGCCCAACUUGUUUCACUGCAGCAGCAACCACCCCUGCACCAGCAGCUACCUACAUCCAAGUCCCUUCCCAAGGUGAUGAUCCCCCUGAGCAGCAUUCCCACAUACAACGCAGCCAUGGACUCCAACAGCUUCCUGAAAAACUCUUUCCACAAGUUCCCCUACCCCACAAAAGCUGAGCUCUGCUACCUGACCGUGGUGACCAAGUACCCAGAAGAGCAACUGAAGAUCUGGUUUACGGCCCAGCGAUUGAAGCAGGGCAUCAGCUGGUCGCCGGAGGAGAUCGAAGACGCCAGGAAGAAGAUGUUCAACACGGUCAUUCAGUCCGUGCCGCAGCCCACCAUUACUGUGUUGAACACGCCGCUGGUUGCGAACCCCGGCAGCGUCCCGCAUCUCAUCCAGGCCACUUUGCCGGGCCACGUGGUGGGGCAGCCGGAGGGCACGGGGGGACUGCUGGUCACACAGCCCAUAAUGGCCAACGGCUUGAAAGGCACCAGCUCCUCCUUCACCCUGGCGGUGACGACAGUUCCCAAGCCCCAGCCGGCGGCGCAGCACAGCACGGUGAGCUCCGGCAAUGCCUCGGCCGUGAAGGUGGUGAACGCGGCCCCGUCGGUGCUCACUGCCUGCCCCGCCAUAUCCUCGCAAACCUUCCUGGACCCCAACGUCUACAAGAACAAGAAGUCCCACGAGCAGCUGUCCGCCUUGAAAGGCAGCUUCUGCAGGAAUCAGUUCCCCGGCCAGGCUGAAGUCGAGCGGCUGACCAAGAUAACUGGGCUGUCCACGAAGGAGAUUCGCAAAUGGUUUAGCGACAGGAGAUACCAUUACAGGAACGUGCGAGGCGGCAGAGCCAUCUUUCCCGGAGACAGUGCUCUCGAUUCUCUGCCCGAAAUACCCUUCGACGUGCCGCCCAAGGGAGUGGAGCUGACAUCUACAGCCGCGGCAACGCCUGUCACCCAUCACCCGACGCGGCGGCAGGCAUGGCACCAGACGCCCGACUUCACGCCCACCAAGUACAAGGAGCGCGCGCCCGAGCAGCUCAAGGCCCUGGAGAGCAGUUUUGCACAGAAUCCUCUUCCUCCAGAUGAAGAAGUGAAUCGCUUGAGGAGCGAGACAAAGAUGACGCGGAGGGAGAUCGAUAGCUGGUUCUCAGAGAGGAGGAAGAAGAAGGUGGCAGAAGAGAACAAAAAAGCGGAGGAGGCAGUUCAGCAGGAGGAAGAGGAGGCUGAAAACGGCUGUGGGGAAGGAGAAGACUCCUCAGAUGACCUGAGGGUCUUAAGCGAAAAUGGCUCGCUCGAUGCCUCUACCAACAACCCAAACUCAGCAGAGCGGAAAGUGAGCCCCAUCAAAAUCAACCUGAAGAACCUCCGGGUGACAGAGUCCAACGGCAAGAGCGAAGCGCCGGGCAUCGCCGCAAGCGAGAAGGGGGACGGUGGCUCCAGCCGGCCGCCCACCCCUCCGAAAACCAAACUGAACUUCAAAAAAACCGCCCAGCAGCGGCACUUGCUUAAGCAAAUGUUCGUGCAGACGCAGCGGCCGACGAACCAGGAGUACGACGCCAUCGUGUCCCAGACGGGCCUGCCGCGGGCUGAGGUCAUUCGCUGGUUUGGAGACAGUCGGUACGGCUACAAGAACGGGCAGCUGAAGUGGUAUGAGAACUACCGGCGCGGCAUCUUCCCCCCGGGCCUGGUGGAGGUGAGCCCGGCCGGCAGGGAGGUGCUGGAGGACUACUACAAGCAGCACAAGGCGCUGCGGGACGACGAUGUGCCGAGCCUCUGCGAGCGCACCCAGCUCAGCGCCCAGCAGGUCAAGGUGUGGUUUGCGCUGAAGGCGGAGGAGGAGACCAGGGGCGCCUCCGAGGAUGCCUUAUCCGGCACCAGCGAGCAAACGGGAAGCCAGAAGGGGCCGUACGACGCCUGCUCGGAGGUGUCGGAGAACAGCGAGCCCUGGGAGCCGGGCGGCCCCGAGGGUGGUGCUGAGCCCCCCGGUGCCCCCGUGCAGCCACCCGCCACGCAGCUCGAAACAGACUGAACUCAAACCACCUGCCCCAGAGGAUCCGCUCUUACCCUUGAGAAGAAGUUUUUUGGUCUUUAAGACCAUGGGCUGGCCUGAUACAAACCUCAGGAGCAGGACACGGUGAUGAAGCACUGCCAUAAAUGAGACCUUUGAGUGCAGCACAUGAGAGAGAGUACGUGCAAAAACUGGGCAACAGUGCAGAGCUCUCUGGACCAGCCUAGGAGCCAGCUGAGAGCUGGCAGAGGUGGGGGCCGUGAGUUCAGCUCGCACCCAGGAAAUAGGAUGCUCUUGUUUGCUUUCCAGUGGACAGACUUUCAGAUUUCAUACUCAUAUACUGAUGCCUACAGCUGCCUAUACAAGCAUAACGAAAUCUCAGACAUUGUGUAAACAAGGUCAUUGCUUAGAUAUGGACUAUCAUGGCACAAUACAUUUUUUUUUCAUCUGCCCAUUAAGGUGUUUGUUCUCUAAAGGCUGGCAUGGCUGCCUCUAUCUUCUCUGCCUUUUUCGGUCCUUCAGCCCUGGCAAGGAAGGGCUCUGCAGGGUGUGUGCACAGGUGUGUGUGUGUGUGAGCGUGUGCGUUAGGAGAGGAAAAGAACCUGAGGAGAAAGCUGCCAGUCUUGCGUUAAGUCAGGUGGGAGUUCAGCGAGGUGUUCAUCCACACGGAUGAGGUUAGACUUGGCAUUGCAUUACUCUCCAAUACGUCGCAGGUCCACGACCCCGAAAACCCAGGAGAGGCAGUUUGGUGUCAUUUGCCCCUUGUUGGCCAAAAUAUUUUUCCUUUUGCUCUUGGAGACCGACUGCAGCAGGCCGUUAAAUCUCCAAGUCUCCCUUUAAUCACUGAGAACUAGCACGCAAUAAUUUUUCCAUCCUGACCUGGAAUCCUUUUCAUUGUUCGGAGAGAACAAGCUGUUCUUCAGAGAACAAAUAGGGAGAAUAUGCAGAGUUGCUGCGAGUGGUUCAAGUUAUUGUUGUCUCCAAGGGAUCUGCGAGGCAGCAGCUCUUCUGCAGUCAGGAAGUUUCCCUCUUUCAGCCCUACGCAACUGAUCCUCCAGCAGCAGCACCGAUAACUUCAAGUAUUUGCUCCGGUAUUUUUUUAUUAUUAUUUUUUGGUCCAUCCUCAGUAGUUUUGGCCUCGUGUGAAAUAGCAAAACAAUUUCCUGGUUCCCAGGACCUGUAGCUUUUUUAUGUGCCCGUGCUGUCUCGGGUGGUUGCUGCAUGAUGCAACUUAAGGCUUUUUUUUAAUAUUCCUUUCUAAUAGAAAACAAGGGCUAGAAGAGCACUCUUGAGCUAUGAGUCUCGCCAAAUGCUGUGUCAGACCAUCCUGUCAUAAACUGAUCAAGUCCCAGCUCCAAAUUAGUUCCAUGUCUUGCCUUCACUUUUGCUCUUGGAAGGCAAUUCCAGAACUUCACUGCCUUUGAAUGGUUAGAAACUUUCUUUAAAUUUCUAGUUUGAAUUAAUUCGUGGCCAGUUCAUUCCUGGUUUGUUUUGGAGCCAACAUUGUCCUUUAACUUAAAUAGUUCUUGGUGUUUACCCGCUGAUGUAUUUAUGGAGAGUAGUCAUAGCUCCUUAUUUUUGCCAAGCUAACUCAGCCAAGCUUUUUCUGUAGAAGGUUUUUAUUUAGUGAGAGCCUUUUAAUGUGGGAGACUUUAUUGUUGGUGGUAAAUGAUAUUUAUUAGAAGGGUGGGUAGCAAGCCCCAAAGGAUCGGAUCCAGAGAUUUACAAAAAAUCUGUUUUAAAAACAAAAAGCUCUUUCAGAACCUCUUCCAAAGAUGGUGUCUGAUUUCUACCUUUAAUUGCUUUUGCUUUUCCAAUUCUUUCUUCGUCCCGUCUUUACGAGGCUGCCUUACUGACAUGUUGGGAGAGGCUCCAUCUGACAAGUGCUGCAGGGAGCGUUUCUCUCACCGACAGUACGUGCCUGCCCGGUAGGUGCCUGUGCUCAGACGCCUGCACUGUAACCCCCCUUAGCAGCCAGACGAAUCCUCCCCAGAAUGCCACGAGCUGACAGCAGGCUCCUAAAUUUCUCUCUUUAGCAGCACUGCUGCCAGCCGUGCCUUGGUUCGAGGCAGGGCCGGCAGCAGUGCCACCUCUGCCUCACCUGGGCUCGUCGCCUUGAGGAUUCAGCCCUCGGGGGCGAAAUCCUUCAUGCCCUCAAGCUCCACGGGCGAUGGGGGAAGCAGGGUGGUGCUAGAGCCGAGGGUGCUGGGCCUGGGAGCCUCGUGGCCUGAGAGUGUGUGUGUGUGUUCGCUGUUGCCUUCAGAGAACAAAUACAGGUAGGUAAUUUACUCUCUAUUGUCUAUGUACGUGCAGGUUUAUUUAAGUACACAUAUAUACAGUUCAGAUAUGCCAUUGAUUCUUUAUCGCAUUAAGAUGUACAUUAAAAAUGUACACUUCUACUAACUACUUGCUAUAUAAAUAUGUUGGAAACGUAGUUUGCCCAUUCAAGGUGAUUUUCUGUGGGAUUUUUGGUGUACACUUUAAAGGCCUGUGGCUGAUGGGAAGAGUGGUCCCCACUCCAUCGACAGAAAUGCUUAAGGACGAUGGUGUGAACUGGUCCCUUGGAACCGUUUUUCCAUGCACUACCUGAAACGUUUUGCACUUGGAUCGUAUUGGCCAGUUUUCCAGAAAAAAAAAAAUGAAAAGAGAAGUCUUGUGAGCUGGAGGGAGAAUUUCCCGGUGUACACAGAAAAAAACAGCCUUGAGGGUUGGAAGCUGCUGAGAAUUUUGAGCUUUGUCUGCAUGCAUUCAUACAAGCACAGCAGGAGUUUUCUUUCUUUUGGGUCAGAGGAAUUUUAAAAAGUGGUUCCAUGCAGGCUCCCCUCGUACGCAGAGGCCGAGCAGACGGGCUGGCAAGGCUCGUUGCGUGGGGAGGGUGAGAUUUAGGGACAAAAAUCAAAAUCAAAAAGUAAUCGUUUGCUUUCUAACUCCCACAUUCCUCGUUAUCUGCAUUUUUAGUUGACUUGAAAUCUCUAUGAAAGUAUAAGCUGAAAUGUUGAGGGUUUUAGCUCUGUGGUCUUCUGUUUCCCUAUCACAUCUUUUUUGAAGCUGACGAGAAGCAGGUGUCAUCUCCAAACAGACUCAGGUUUUGGUGCAGGACAUUACAAAUAAUAUGUUUGCAUCUGAAACUGAAAGAAAUAAUUGAGAGGUGGCUCCACAGUCCCAGCAGCAGCUCUUCUGGUGGUAAGAGGAAGCAUCACCACAAUUGUACACUUAGUGGCAAUUUUUAUCAUCAGCUAAUCAAAGAUGACUAUCUUGACUUGAAAGGAGGAGUGUAAGAUAGAGGUCAUGUAGCCAGUAAGGAAGGGAAUUAAGUUCUUCACCUCCAUCAGCUGUGUGUGAGCUCAGGCUUGAUAAGCACAGUAGUAAGAAUCAUUUUUAAUCCACGUGAAUCUUGUUACUUCUGUCUCUGAGGCUGCUUAGAUUAAGGUCACAAUCCAAUUGCUUAAUAACCUGAAACCCAGAUUUGUGCUGUGCCUGGCUCACUCACAGAAAGGGCUGCUGGUUCUCCCCAUGCAAGGAACAGAGUUGCUUUAUUCAUCCGUAUCAGCAGGCCAAGCUGUUUGAUUUCUAGCCAUAGCUCUGUGUUCUAUUUGGGUAGCUAAUUUUUCUGUUCCUUAACUAGCAUCCUGGAAAUCAUUAUUUUUAUUUUAUUUUUUUAAGCAGAACACUAAACAAACCAUGAUUUACAGGCUUCUAUUUCCUGAGAGCCAUUAUUCCUGUUUGCCUGAGAGCAGAGCACUGCUGCACGUCAGGCUCGCGGCCCUGGCAAGAGGAGUGGACUCAAGUGCUUGCUGCAGCGCACGGCAGGCAGCGGUCAAUGUCAGCACACAGAGCUCCAGCUGCAGGUAUUUAACGUGUCUGCUGUCCCCUCCCUGCCAGGGGCUUCUCUUGCAAAAUCAGGAGCUGCUGGCAGCUGUGAUUUGAAUCCCCACGGUCAGACACAGGGCUUGAUACAGAGCCUUCACCUGGCAGAGCAGCGCUCGCGCAGCAGCUGGAGCUGCGAUGUGUCUGUUUGGAUAAUUUUUGCUAGCCUGGUUUUCCAUUUAGGGUUUUGGCUAUUUUUUUUUUAAUGCAAAGCAUCAAUUUCUGGUCACAGGGAAGAAGUUUUGCACUCCUCCCUCCCCUUCUUGUAGGAACAGUUCAGAGGAGCCCUGAUGAGAUGAUGGCUGGAACCUGGUGUCACUGGGAAUCACAAGAGAACGAUGAUUUUCAGCACUUAGGCACAAACUGGCAAGUUAAGGUGAUACUACACCUGUCAACUGGGCAGUAUUUAAAAGGUUUUUUUAAAAUCUCUCUCCCGUUUCUCAGAUUAAUUUUGACACCACUCUUUUCAACUCCCAUCUGUGCCUGAUGUGGUUCGGCUCGCUGCAGUAACCUCCGUUUUAAUUUCUCAGUUGAUCACAACCAAGGGGGAAGAGCAGGCAAUACUCAGAAGUGGGUGGGGGAGGGACUUGCAAGCUGUACCUUUUCUUGCAAGUUUAGUUUCUGCUGUAUCUUUUGCUGGCAGUGCUCCCUGCCAGGAAUGCUGGAUUGGCAUCACAAAACUUUAAAGCAGAGCAAGUGAGCGCUGUUACCUAAGAAGGAGUGAUUUUUAUUUAUAUUUUUCUUGUUGCCUGUUCCAGUAGAGUGCUCUGUUGGCUGCCCUUGGCCAUAUUUUGAAGGCAUUAUUAAAGGCAGUUUUUCCCUUUGGAGGGUGGUUUUAGGACUCUUGCUCUCUGGUGCUAGUGAAGGUCAGGCCAGGAAUCCAUGGCAUAGAAAACUUCUUGCUAAAAAUUGCACUUUCUGUCUGCCCCAUCUGGCUGGUGGUGUUAUGGGUACGUGGCUGUGACUCCCCUUGCACAUACUAACAUUGCACUAAAAGAGACACUUUGGGAACAGCGUGUUGAUCACUUUGUUUCUCAGCAGACCACAAAGUCAGCCUAAUGGGGUCUCUUUUUUUUUUUUUUUUUAAUUAUUAUUAUUUAGAAAUCAUGCUGGUGCUGAAUGACCUGGAAUUUUUUUUUUUUUUUUUUUUGGCUUGGAUUUAUCCAAAAGAAAAAUGUAAUUGUAGCUGCACUGGGACCUUUCAUAAGGGUGGCCGUGUAGCUGGGGCACGGAGCAGCGGCUCUGCUGCGUGAAACCGUCUUUGUACCGGGGCGGCGCGGGGGGUUCCCGGGGGUUCUUAUCGUGUUUUUUUAAGACCACAAUUUUGAUGGUCACCUUGGCAACCGUGUGAGACAGGAAAUAGUUUUUACUUUUGGUAAAGGUUUUAAAGAGGAGGAAAAAAAAAAAAAAGUGAAGCUGCCUGUGAUUGUGGGCUGUGGCUAUUACUAGGGCUAGGGUAGCUUGUACCUGCUAUGGACUUUACCUGCUCUUAUUCUGAGGGCACAAACUCCCUGUAGCAACAAUGCCACUUCUGAGAAGUGAAUGGCAAGUUUCCCUUCCUUUUGUAUAUGUGGAUGUGAGGGUGGGCGAGGGGAAGCGUUUGCUUGUACAGUUUGUUGAAAUGAAACCAGACAUUUUUGGUUGUUCCUAAAUAAAGAGCAUAAAAUA